GCAGUAGCAGCAGAAGCGGUAGCAGCGGCGGCGGCGGCGUUACCGCGGCACGCGAUGGAGAUCUCCGCUGUGCACGUAAGAGCGCCUGUUCGCCGCGCAGCGCGCCAGAGCCGAGGGUGACAGGGAUGCUGCUUGAGUGAGGUGUGUGUUUGUGUGUGUGUGUGUGUGUGUUGCAUGUGUGUUGUGUAUGAGGGAGACACAGAGAGAGAGACACGGGAAGACAGGAGGACCAGGAAGAGGGAAGGAAGGAGAGAGGAGAGAGGAGGAGGAGGAGGAGGAGGAGGAGGAGGGGGACGACUUAAACGCAACAGCAAUCAAAGGGGGCUUUGAAAGCAUCACUUUUUCUUCCCCGUUCUUCCUGUUUCUUUUUCUUUUUUUCCGGCUGGUAACCCGAGUGUUCAGUGUUUUGCCGAUGUGCCACAACUCCUCCAGCAGCUUCCCCUCUUGCUGCUCGGCGGCGGCUGCCGGGGACAGCCCCGUUCCUGGCCACGCGCAGCCCGGACGCCCCCUGAGCGUAUGGAUGACGGCGGUUCUUCGGAGGGGAUCUCUUCUUCUUCUUCUUCUUCUUCUUCUACUUCUUCUUCUUCAGCUCUCUCGCCCGCUACCUCCCCUGAUCUGGCUCUCAAGGUAACAUGGUGAGCAAGGAGGACGGCCCACGCUUGGUCAUCUCCAGCUCCCACUCGGAGUCCGACUCGGACAACGCCGCGUCGCAGCAGAGCUUCGAGGCGCCCUGCGGCCCCAGGCCCGGCGACCGGCGCGUCCGCAAGCGCCACAGGGCCCUCCAGGUGCGCUUCAAGGACAUCUGCGACGCCCAGAAGGAGCGCCGCGCCAGGCGCUCCAGAUCCAUCUCCUGUAAGGUGACGCACCGGAGGUACAUGACCAUGCCCUCGCGACGCUCCAUCCCCAACGUGACCCGGAGCACGGGCGUGCAGACGUCGCCGCACAUCAACCUGCGCUACAAGACCUUCCCCUUCGAGCGGAAGAGGGGCCACACGUUCAAACACGCCGCCGUGGUGGAGACCUACCGGGAGCAGAACAACGGGUUCCUGAGCGACAUGCAAGGGCCGGGGGGGGAGGAGGCGGGGGGGGGGUCGGGGCCGCUGGGCUCCCCGUGCGAGGGGAAGAUCGUGGGGCAGACUAAAGCGCUGCUGCAUCACACCGACGACAGCAGCGGCACCGAGGACCUGCUGUCUGGUGCUCCCUUUGCAGACGGACCCCUGGGCUCCGACCCCCCGAAAGACCCCGGCUCCCAUCCAUGCAGCCCUCCUGCGUGGAAAGAGGAGCCGGAGUACCAGGUGUGCGGCCCCAGAAGAUCCCGGUCUAAAGGAUUACCCAAGGAGGAGAUGGGGGCUGGUGGUGGUGGUGGGGCUGACACGGGGUCAAAGGGCAUGGGGUCCGGCGGUUGGAGCUCCCUGACACAGGUGGAGUCGCUGGGGAGCCCGUCGGCUUGCUGCAAGCGAAAAAAGGGCUCACAUCCAAACGGGCAGCAGUCGCAGACACUGCCCCACAAUGCCAAGUGUUCGGGUCGCUCCCUGGACCCCUGCCGGACCCGGCACGCGUCCGCCUCUUCUAAGCUCCAGCACACGGAGAGCGCAGGGGACCAGGGCUCGCUUCUUGGACAGUCGCAGGGGCCCCGUUUGGGGGCCAGCCAGCCCAUUACGCCCUCGUCGUCCGGGGAUAAGGAUAUCAAAGCACAGCUCCAGGCUAUGGAGAACCUCAUCAACUCCAGCCAGGAGACCAUUAAAGUCCUGCUGGGAGUCAUCCAGGAGCUGGAGAAGGGAGAGGCUCUGAGAGAAGGGCUCACGUACCGAACGGGACAGGACACGGCAAACUGUGACACGUGUCGAAAUAGCGCGUGCAUCAUAUACAGUGUGGAGCUGGACUUCAAGCAACAGGAGGAGAAACUUCUGCCCCUGAUGAAGAGGCUGUUCCCCCAGGACAGCCCCCAGUGCCCCACCCUGCCUUACCCCCACGAGGUCUUCACCUCCACCCCCAAGCGCAGGACCAAGACGGAGUCCAAGAAACACGCUCGCUGGAAACUCUGGUUCCUAUAGCCACGGUUACUUCCGAUUUUGUUUGCUGGGGAUUCGCACUUUUCGGAUUACCAUAGCGGUGUGAUUUGAAAGGAGAUCCAGGCAAGGGAAAAGCAGAGAUAGAAGCAGAUGGAUUGGAUUAAUCAACAGGUUUAUGGCACCCCCUUUGGAACGGAAAAGCAGACGUAAAUAACGGUAGACAUUAUAAAUUACAAAAUAAUAACAUUUAAAUCGUGAUUUGGUAUUAACGUUGGAGGAUGGAGGUGAGUUUGGGGAAACUGCAAAGUCGGAGAGAUCAUGUCAUUCUUCAUUUUCCGGGAAACCUCGUUGUCUGGGUCCAACCCACCUCACACCCCCAGAAUAUUGCUCAACUACAAGGAGGUGCUGUUUCAUGAAGGGCCCUUUUGUUUCUUCUCAAGUGACGCUACAAACGUUAAACGGACUCUGGCCUCGGCUCUCGGCUAAAGCACAACCAGCUCACACUCCGUCGAGGGGACGGUGGAUAUGAGGACCUGAUAGAGCGGAGCGCGUGGCAGUGGGUUGUGUGUCAGCGCUUUUCCACGUCCUUACAGUUGACAUUCGUCUGCUCUACCUCUUUGUUUCAUAUUUUGGUUGGGUAUAUAUCUGUCUCAUUUUUGGUUAAUUGUGCAUCAGAUCACUUGUGUCUUAAAUGUUCUGUCCAUGUAGUGCUAUAUGAUUCCUAUUUACCAUCCAAACCAUUCUGCUGCAUACAUUUUUUGUUUAGUAUUUGGCAUUUUUUGGUAUUGAUAUUCAAUCGAUAUUAUCGUCCAUAUUUGCAUUCAAGUCGACACUCACAAUAUAAAAGUUCAAAUAGAUGAGAGAAAAUUGUGCUGAAAGUCUAAAAUAUUUUGUCAAUUGUUCAGAAAGAUGGCGUUCUCGGGGGCAUCAAGGAAGUGCCCUGAAUUCACAGUAAAUGCCCCCCAGUUGUGUAACAAGAACCAAUACGACAACGACUCGAUGUGAUCAAGUCCUCACUGUCAACCAUCUCUAGACUGAAAGCUGUGAUGUAAAUUGUUUUCUAGAAAUUCUUCGCAACUCUUUGUUUGUUCUUUUUUACAUAUACUACACUGUUCUCACAGAACUGCUAUUUUUGGUCUUCUAUAUUGAUGACCUUUUAAUGAAAAAAGAGAAAACAAGACAGUUAUUCAACAUAAAGAAUGUUAUAUGCGCUGAAAUGAAUUUCUAACAUACUAAUAUAAGAUGUUGAACAUUUUUCAAUCUCGUGCUGCUGAUUUUCUUACUUACUAGUAUUUUCUAUGACAAAUAGCAGUGUUUUAUUGACAUUCACAAAAGAGAAUAUGAAAAUGAUAUUUUGACAUGCCUCUUUUUGUCCUUGAAGGCUUGGCAAUUGCUUGUACCCAUCCAUCGUGACCCUCGGAGUACAGAUUGUGAUGGAAAAUUUGUACAUUUUCCCCUGGAAUGGGUUCCUUCAAUUCCUUGAGGGGCCAUAGGCCUACCGGUCUGGGUGAUUAAACCAUUGGUGACGUCUAUGAAGUGGCUAUAUUUGCCAAAUGAUACUUCUGCAGUGAAUAGCCGUAGGUACACCUAUUCAUGGGCGGGCGUAUAUAGGCACCCCUUCAAAGCGUUGCGUUCGGUUCAUUUGCGAUAGAGCAGUUAAGGACAUCUUCAUAUCUGACCGUUUUUACAAUGGAUCAUCUUCACAUUAUUAAUAUCACCAAAUGUCAAGACUCUCGGUGACCUUGGGCAGACUAAGCUCCGAAUCACUGAAGCAGAAGCAUUAAUGAAGGCACCGGUGAAGAGACUCUUGUUGAUUGGCGACUAUUGGACGCAGAAGUAUCAUUUGGCUUUGCCAUGUGUAAUGUGGUUCUGCAGUGAUCCAGACCAGUCUUCUAGCAACUGCUGUUCCAGCAACUGCAAGAAUAGAAGGGCUAUGUCACAGCCAAGAUGAUUGACAGUUCCAUCAAAUAAAAUGACUAUAUGUAGCUGAUCAUAUGAAAAAAUUGCACGCUAUUUUUUAUUUACACAACAGUUUAUGUGCUUGAUCCAAUAUAAUAUACCUUAAAUCCGUCAAGCAUUAGAACACACCUGUUGUGUUUCAACACAAAUCUACCUUCUGAUUUUAGUUUGGUUCCCGGGUUUCACGGCAAAAUGUUGUACUUUGAGCGAGUGCAAUUUGUUAUUUUUGUGCAACAUUAUGCAUUUUUAUACUGUUGUUACUUCAGAAUAAAAAAAACAAACAACA